CCCAGACUCCCCACCCCCCAAGUCCCAGAGAAUGAAACAAAACAACCCGGUACCAAUCGAAUCCAGAGUCUCCUUGAAGACUUUCAACGUGUAUUAUUUCGAUUUUUUGAUCCAUCGCUCGCCUUCUAACGCACGUCACUGAUGCUUCUUCUUCCACUUUGUCUUUCUUCUUCCUCGUUCCCUUCCGCAGGAGUCCAUAUCACCUCUCGGCGCAAGAUAGCUACAAUUGUCAUCACAGGAAUCAGAGCUUCUUCUCUUCCCUCUUCUCUCAGCAUUUCCCGGGUUCGGAUUUGUCUCCAACUAUUAUACUUGUUAGUUUUGUUUUGCUUUUGGGUUUGGGUUCUCUCUCAUGAAAGACAGGUCCAUGAGACCUUAGCUUUUUUUUCUUUCUUCUUUUUAUUAUUAUUGUAAAUUAUUAUCUUUUUUUUUUUUCCUUUUCUUCUUCUCUUCUCUUGCUCAUAAUUUGCAAUUUUUCACUUCGGUGUCAAUUUUCAAACUGAAAUAAGAUGAUGGGCUUUGAGAAUCAAGGCUUCGAAGAAGCCCAUCUCUUUUCAUCUCGACAAGAGAUCCAAAGUCUCGUUCUGGACGAGCCUUUAGACGGAAAAUCUUUCUCUGAUUACCGGAGCGCGAUGUCUUCUAUCUCUGAAGCGCACCAUCCCUUGUCACCGCCGAUCGUUGGCAUCGAAGUCGACGACGAUCCCUUGCUAUCGCCUUCGUCUUACAUGGACCGCCGAAACCCUAAUGUAUCCGAGAACUCGUACCUGGAACCCCCAUCUUAUGCGGAUGUCGUCUUCAGUCCUUUCGGCAACGAGAAUGGCGAGGCAAACGGCUUCGAGAAUUCUACUCAUGAUUCAGUAAAGUCCGAAAUUAUAUCUAGAUCAGCUUCCUCAAGUUCUGGGUACAUAAAAAUUGCAGUGUCAAAUCCUGUAAAAGAGCAGGAGAUCUCGAAUUCGCUUGUUCCCGGAGGAAAUACUUACGUCACGUAUCUGAUCACGACGAGAACUAACAUACCCGAGUUUGGAGGGUCAGAGUACAGCGUGCGGAGGCGAUUCAAAGAUGUGGUGACAUUAGCGGAUCGGCUAUCGGAAUCUUACAGAGGGUUCUUUAUUCCACCUCGGCCGGAUAAGAAUGUAGUGGAGAGUCAAGUCAUGCAUAAGCAGGAAUUUGUGGAACAGAGGCGGGUGGCCUUGGAGAAGUAUUUGACUCGAUUGGCAGCACAUCCGGUGAUCAAGAAGAGUGAAGAAUUGAAGGUGUUUUUGCAGGUUCAGGGGAAGCUUCCAUUGCCAACAACCACCGAUGUGGCUUCGAGGAUGCUUGAUGGUGCCGUCAAACUCCCAAAGCAGUUGUUUGGGGAACCUGCGACUGUGGUCGCUCCCCAUGAGGUUGUGCAACCUGCGAAAGGGGGAAGGGAUCUGUUGAGGAUCUUUAAAGAAUUGAAGCAAUCAGUAGCUAAUGAUUGGGGUGGCUCGAAACCACCCGUUGUCGAGGAAGAUAAGGAGUUUCUAGAGAAAAAGGAGAAGCUGCAGGUUUUCGAGCAGCAACUUAGCAAUGCAUCUCAGCAGGCUGAGUCUCUUGUCAAGGCUCAACAGGAUAUUGGAGAAACGAUGGGGCAAUUAGGUCUAGCAUUUAUCAAACUAACAAAAUUUGAAACCGAGGAGGCCAUGUACAAUUCUCAAAGAAUACGAGCUGCUGAUAUGAAACGUGUGGCAACCGCCGCAGUCAAAGCAAGCAGAUUUUAUCGGGAAUCAAAUGCUCAGACAGUAAAGUAUCUGGAUACACUUCAUGAAUAUCUUGGAUUAAUGCUAGCUGUCCACAGUGCAUUCUCAGAUCGUUCAAGUGCUUUAUUGACAGUACAGACUCUUCUAUCAGAACUGUCUUCUUUGCAAUCAAGGGCUGAAAAACUAGAAGUUGCAUCCUCCAAAAUAUUUGGCGGGGAUAGAUCUAGGAUUCGCAAAAUAGAAGAGUUGAAAGAAACAAUAAGAGUUACUGAGGAUGCCAAAAGUUGUGCAGUUAGAGAAUAUGAAAGGAUCAAGGAAAACAAUCGAAAUGAACUUGAGAGACUAGAGAGGGAAAGACGCCAUGACUUCUUGAGCAUGCUGAAAGGGUUUGUAAUUAAUCAGGUGGGGUAUGCCGAGAAAAUAGCCAAUGAGUGGGCAAAUGUUGCAGAAGAAACAAGUGGUUACACAAAAGAGAGUAGUUAAAGUGUGAUUGUAAAUUUAGGUUUUGUUCUUUGUUUUUACAUGCAGUUUUUCCCUCAAUUUCAUUUAUGUACACUAAUAGGAAAUAAUGAAUUAAUGACACGUCCUUUCUCCAUAGUAAUAAAGGAGAGCACUUGGUUAGAAUAUGGAAUA